CGGGAAUUGUAAUGGGCCUAAUUAACCGGGCCCAGUCAGAGCAGAGGAAGAAACGAGAGAGAGGCGGCUUGAGUUGGUUUCGUCCGUGAGCGUGAAGCACAGCAGCAUGUGGAAGUUGAGGUCAGCUCGAAUCUCUUAUCUGCUUUGUAGAUUGAGUCAAAUCAAAGUAAGCGAAGCCCAGAUUAAGCACCACCGUUUCUGUCACAGUCAAGUGUCGUCGGUAUUGCCUCCUCCAUCUAAUUUGCAACACCAACAGACACAGUGUGAUCCUCCUCACACCGCAGUUCCCAGGAAUUAUAUUGGGGAAAAUGUAUCUAGAAAAGAUAAGAACAAAUAUCUUUACACUACGCUUCUUGAACUCAACGACAGUAAGGAGGCUGUUUAUGGUGCUCUUGAUGCCUGGGUUGCAUGGGAGCAAAACUUCCCCAUCGCCUCAUUGAAAACAAUAUUGAUUUCUCUUGAGAAGGACCAGCAGUGGCAUAGGGUUGUGCAGGUAAUUAAAUGGAUGCUGAGCAAAGGACAGGGGAUGACAAUGGGCACAUAUGGUCAACUGAUACGAGCUUUAGAUAUGGACCAUAGAGUCGAAGAAGCUCAGAAAUUCUGGGAAAUCAAAAUUGGUUCUGAUUUGCAUUCAGUUCCUUGGCAAUUGUGUCAUCUCAUGAUAUCUGUUUAUUAUCGAAACAACAUGCUCCAAGAUCUUGUUAAGCUUUUCAAGGGACUGGAAGCUUUUGAUCGAAAACCUCGGGAUAAAUCUAUCAUUCAGAAAGUGGCAAAUGCAUAUGAGGUGUUAGGCUUAGUUAAAGAGAAAGAGAGGGUACUGGAAAAAUAUAACCAUCUCUUCACAGAGACAGGACCAACCAAGAGACAUAAAAGGAACUCAUUUGAGGCAAAGAAACAUGUGCAUCCUACAAAAGAGAAAAGGCAUCAGAAGCAAUCUAGAAAGGCCUCAUCUGAGGAAAAGUACAAGUCAGAGCAAAAAGAUCCAAAAUUGGAUAUUGGACAUAUCUAGUGCACUCUUUUCUGAUGCCAUGAUGGUAUUAUGAUAUGAUAGUAGACCAAAGUGCCUCCAUGUUCAAGUAUUCUGCUAACCUAUGUGGGAAGCCCAUCAAGGCUAGAAGUGCAGCUUGAUGAAACGGAACCAAAUGUAUGUCACCUAUGGACGUCAAAAGCUGUUUCAAAUUUAUAUACCAAAAGAAAAAUGCUUUUCCAAGUUUGCUGCACGGUUUAUAGAUUUAGUUAUUGGACUACGGAAGUCCAGAGGCCAUCAUGUGUGAAGUGUGAACAUUUUUAUUCAGUGAACAUUUGUCCUAAAUUAACUCAAAUCCUUGUUAUGUAAUUAUUUAUUUUCCAAUCUUUUAGACAAGCUACCAAUCCAUGCUA